AUGUCCGACUCCCGCCACCCGCCCCCCUAUCUGAUAUACAACACCCGAUACCCGAUAUUCAACUCCCAAUACCCGAAAAUCAACAACCGAUACCCGACACCUAACACCCGAUACCUACACCCAACACCCGAUAUACGACACCCAAUAGCUGUUACCCGAUACCUGACACCCAAAACCCGUUACCCGACACCCAACGCCCAAUACCUGACAUCCAAUACCUGUUACUCGACACCCAACACCCGAUACCCGACACCCAACACCCAAUACCCGUUACCCAAAACCCACGCCCGAUACCCGACACCCAAUACCCAUUACCCAACACCCAAUACCUGUUACCCGACACCCAACACGCGAUACACGACACCCAAUACCCGUUACCCGACACCCAACACCCAAUACCCGUUACCCGACAACCGAUCCCCGAAACACAACACCCAACAUGCAACACCCGAUACCAGGCACCCAACACCCGAUACCCAAAACCCGUUACCCGACACCCAACACCCAAUACCCGUUACCCGACAACCGAUCCCCGAAACACAACACCCAACAUGCAACACCCGAUACCAGGCACCCAACACCCGAUACCUGACACCCAACACCCAAUACCCAAAACCCGUUAUCCGACACCCAACACCCAAUACCUGA